ACUACAACUCCCAGCAUGCCUUGAGCGGAGCCGGGCCGGAGGCGCACGCGCACUGCUGCAGCCCCCAGGCUGUUGGUGCCACGUGGUUGCAGCAUGGCUGCUGUGUUUGCGGAUCUGAACGUCCCGGGCGCGCUGGAGAGGAAGUCGCUGCAGAGUUUGCUGGAGGCCGCCGCGCACCUGGGAUAUUCAACUGUUGCUAUUAACCAUGUCAUUGAUUUCAAAGAAAAGAAACAGGAGAUUGUCAAACCAAUAUCUCCUUCAGAACUGUUUCCAUCUUUGCCUAUUGUACAGGGAAAAUCCAAACCAAUUAAAAUUGUAACCAGACUAACGCUUGUAGUUUCUGAUCCUUCUCACUGCAAUGUAUUGAGAUCAACAUCUACAAAUAUAAGAUUGUAUGACAUCAUAGCCGUGUUUCCAAAGACAGAGAAACUGUUUCACGUCGCUUGCACAAAUCUAGAUGUGGAUCUGAUAUGCAUAAAUGUAACAGAAAAGCUGCCAUUCUACUUCCGAAGACCCCCUGUUAACAUGGCAAUAGAUCGCGGUGUUUACUUUGAACUUCUUUACACCCCUGCCAUCAAAGACUCCACAAUGAGAAGAUACACAAUUUCAAAUGCUCUGAGUCUGAUGCAGAUCUGCAAAGGAAAGAACAUAAUUAUAUCUAGUGCAGCUGAAAGGCCAUUAGAACUUCGAGGUCCUUAUGAUGUGGCUAAUCUAGGUUUGUUGUUUGGCCUGUCUGAAAGUGACGCCAAGGCAGCUAUUUCUACCAACUGCAGAGCAGUCCUUCUUCAUGGAGAAACCAGAAAGACUGCUUUUGGAGUGGUGUACACCAAGAAAACCCCCCGAGCUUCGGAGGAGGAAGGCGUUCUCCCAGUCUGCAAGAAAGCCAAGACUGAAGUAUGAGGAUCAAACCCCAACUUCUCAGCUUCCAUAAAGUCCUUUCCUCCCAUGCUACCAACCUUGAUGCCUUGAUUCGUUAUUUUAAUUUGUUCAGCUAAGAAUCUUUUAUAAAAAAAAAAAACACUUUUAUGUUUGUGCAAGAAUAAGGUUAUUGAAAUCCAUAACAUUUCACCACAGCAGAACGAUCUUACUGCUGAUGGUAAAAGGAUAAUGGAGGACUAUUUUGCCAUUUUUGUUAGAGCAGUGGUCUCUUCCCUACCCCUCCCAAUCGCUGAAGGUUAGAAAGGUGUAGCGGUUGUAGUAUUAGUGUGAAAAAUGUUACAGCAUGAAUUUUACAGCUACAUACAUCUUUCUAUGCAGUCACAUGAUUUUACUGUUAGCCCUUCUAAAACAUGAUCACCACUUCUUCUCUUCAUCAAAGUUUAGAAAGUUUCCAGAUAUUUUACCUUACCACUGCAAGCCAGUACCCACAUUCCCCCAACUGGCAUAAGAAAAAUAGUUGCAUGGUGCCGAAUAGCCCUGUCUAAUUUUAUUUCAUUAUGAUAGUCUACUGAAACAGAGAUUCUGGCAUCUUUGAAUUGCAAGGAAAUCCCUUGUCAGUUAUUUGUAUUACAGUAGCUCCUACUGGCUUGAGCCCAUUAUAUUACACAUGAUACAAAGAUAUAACUAAAAGACAGUCCCUGCCCAGAAGAUCUUAAAAUCAAAAUAUGAGACAACGGCUAGUUACAGCAGACAGACAAGAAGAGCCUAAGGUAACACUUAGAUGAGUGUGAUCAAUACGAUAAGCAGUGGUCACAGCAUGCUAACUGCCUAACCUCGGUCAAAGUAACCUUAGACAAAUAGAACUUGCAUCAGGGUCUAUGUUCUCCAGCAAGAGCAUCUAUUGUUACUAGUUCCUACCUCAGUGCAUAUCACCCAGCUGCCUGCAGAUUAUAAUCAACUCCCUCCUGCAAAACGUUUUUAAGGCUCUUCCAAGUCUUGAUUAAGGCUUUUCUUUUGAUGGUGAACUAAUAUGAAAGAGGGGUAAGAGACUGUAAUGGACCAGCUGUGUGUCAAACUAUGAUGAUUUCAGCCCUUUGGCCACCUCUGGAAGCAAGCGAAGAAAUGCUAAUUAUAGCUUGUAACAUACUGCAUGUCCUCUUGCAGUAGAUUUAUAGAAGGUAAAACUCAACAAUUGGACUAAGCACCAUGGAUGGAGUUUUGCUUUAAAAUUCACGAACACUUUUAGAAAUGGACUGUGUUAGUCACAAGAAGUUUUUACUUUGAGGAGCGUACAAUGCAAUUUUUGCCCUUAAUGUUUUUUGACUUUGUGCUUGAUCUGUUGUUGUCAGUCAUUGGGUAUCAUUACAUUAGUUUGUCCUUUAAUGAAUCAUAAACAAGGUCCUGACAUUCUGGCUGAAACAAAGGGGGAGACCAAAUCCAGCUGACUACUAAAUACGGGAGUGGCACUGCCUUCUCUUGCCAUGGCCAGAAUGGUACUUGCUUUGAGCGAGAGAGAAAUUGCUUGUUGAAUGAUGCAUAGAGAGAGGUUUGUGAAUGUGGAACAAGCAGCAUGGUAAUCUGGCUUACUAUUUGUUUAACAUCAGUUCGAGCCUGGACAUAACCUUGCUAACAGCCUAUAUUAUUUGUUCUUUAUCUCCUCCCUCCCAAGCACUGAUAGAAUAGUAGGAGACACCACAUUUAAUUCUUUAAAUUGGAUUUCUUUUUGUAUCACACUAGCCUCUGAUGCCUGGACUGUAUAAAUAUUUCUCAAGUAUAAAUGUGGACAAAAGAAAAAGUCAGAGCCUAUUUCCAGCAAGUUCUGUUCUAGCUCUCAUGGACACUGAGCUGGUCUGUUGCAUAGGAGUGGUGUAGCUGCAGUGCGUGGGUGGUGGGCAGUAACAGAAUUUACUGUGACUCAACAAAGAGGAGCCUAUUAAGUCCCAGCAUUUACAGAGAUUUUUGUAAGCACUUGCAUAUAGUGGGCUGGAUUAAUUAGGGGGCACUUUGGAAAACACUUGUCUGAAGAGGAUGAUCUGUUUCAUCCAUCAUCAAGAUAGGUGGCUGCUAAUAGAAUUCUAUAGGUGUUGAUGAUUUGUGGGUAGAUCACAUCUGUGCUCUUUUAUUCGGUUAUAAUCACACUCACAUGCUGCAAAACCACACUUUUGUAAUACAAUGUUCACGCAUACUGCCAAAGUCUAAAUAUAAUUAACAGUUUUUAAA